AACAGUGAUGGCGGCUGCUGCACGGUUCUUCAUCCGAGGUUCAAACUUGAAACUUUCCCUCUCCGGUGUUGGCACCGGGGCUCAGAGCUCGUAUGGGGCCUCCCCGUUAAAACUGUCACCCAGCUGUAAUUCGCGUACAAAAACACAACGAAGACAUGCAGCACACUUUACCUUCCAGCCUGACCCCGUCCCGACACAAUACGGCCCUACCCAGAAGAUGAACUUGUUCCAGUCAAUAACAAGUGCCUUGGACAACACUCUCUCUAGUGAUCCUACAGCAGUCAUCUUUGGGGAAGAUGUUGCCUUUGGUGGAGUCUUCCGAUGCACAGUGGGUCUGAGAGACAAAUAUGGUAAGGACAGAGUCUUCAACACUCCCCUGUGUGAGCAGGGCAUUGUAGGGUUUGGGAUCGGUGCAGCUGUUGCUGGUGCCACAGCAAUUGCUGAGAUCCAGUUUGCUGACUACAUCUAUCCUGCAUUUGACCAGAUAGUCAAUGAAGCAGCCAAGUACCGCUACCGUUCUGGCAACUUGUUUGACUGCGGGAACCUCACCAUCCGGGCUCCGUGGGGGUGUGUCGGCCAUGGAUCUCUUUACCACUCUCAAAGCCCUGAAGCCUUUUUCGCCCACUGCCCUGGUAUUAAGGUUGUAAUACCUCGUAGUCCAGUGCAGGCCAAAGGGCUGCUCCUCUCCUGCAUCGCUGACAAGAACCCAUGCAUAUUCUUUGAGCCCAAGAUUCUGUACAGAGCAGCAGUGGAGCAGGUUCCCGAGGAACCUUACACCAUCCCACUGUCGCAGGCCGAGAUCCUACAAGAAGGGAGUGACGUCACUCUGGUUGCCUGGGGGACACAGAUCCAUGUGAUGAGGGAGGUGGCCGCCAUGGCUCAAGAAAAACUGGGGGUAUCCUGCGAACUCAUCGAUCUACGGACCAUCCUGCCCUGGGAUACUGAAACUGUUUGCAAGUCGGUAGUGAAAACCGGCCGUCUGCUUGUCAGUCACGAGGCACCAAUAACAGGAGGCUUUGCUGCUGAAAUCAGCUCUACAGUUCAGGAGGAGUGCUUCCUCAACCUGGAGGCUCCCGUCAGCAGGGUCUGCGGUUACGACACUCCCUUCCCUCACAUCUUCGAGCCCUUCUACAUCCCCGACAAAUGGAAGUGCUUUGAGGCAAUCAGGAGGAUGAUCAACUACUAAACCGCCAUCAGAGCCAACUUCUGGUAGCCCUGAACUUGAAGCUCUCUCUCCCUUUUCCUCUUCAUUCAUCCAGUCGGUGGAGACCAGCCAGGAAAAGACACUUUGUUGACCAUCCAAUCAGAAAGCAGUAUCCAGAUGGGCUCCAUGUCCCUCUAUGUCCUCGAGCUAGAAGACUGUUAACCUAUCUCUGGAUUAAAGAACCGCAUUCUGUUGCAAGGGAAAAGUGACUUGAGCCACUCUAUAUGGUGAAACUAUCUUAGCUUCAUUGGUAACAUAAUGCUCAUGAUUUCAUUUCCUCCAAAAUAAAAGUUGGAUACUGUAGGGUUUAGUGGUAUUUUGGUUGAAUGGUUGAAUUUGUGACUGUGUGCCUCUCUGUGCUGUUACUUUUGAUUAUAUGUGUCCAACUCUGCUCCAAUCUUUAUUUAGUUUAACAAGAACCAAACUAUACUGUACUAAUAUAAUAGAUAUGUGGUUUUUAAGUAAAAUAAAGUGAUCUGAAUUGGUGAAAACA